AUUUAGAUCAGCAGGUUGUUUAGGUGUGUAACACACACAAAAAAAGAGGAACUACAUGUUAAUUAAGAAAAAUAGACCAAUAGGAGAGUCUUUGGAAUAUGCUCAAAAUAAUCAAACACACAAGAGUAUUUAUUUCAGACUGCUUCCUGUGGUGAAUCACACUCUGAUCUCACUACAAGCACUGAUACUUAGAGGCUAGUAACCUUGCAACCUUACAGCUUCAGCAGCCUGUGUUUCUGAUAAAGGAGUUUUGGGGAAAAGGUGUCCUGAAGAUGUGGUUUUAUUUGAUAACCCUCAUGGCCGUAUCCCAUCAUGCACUGGAAACCAACCCAGGACUGGAGAGCGUGAUUACCCAGAAGGCACUGGAAUACGCUAAGCAGGUUGGAGCGAGCUUGGCACAGGAGCAUCUGGGAGGCAUGACUAUCCCAGAUAUGACAGGCAGUAUCAGCAUCUCUCCUUUUGGCAAUGUGGACUACUCACUAAGUGGGAUGCACGUGGUCAACUUCAACCUCCCUGAGCCUGAGGUGGGGUUUGUUGAAGAGGCUGGGAUCAAGAUUGGAAUCAGUGGAAUGAGCGUUGCAAUAAAUGGAAACUGGAGAGACCAGUACGACCUGAUAAGAGACAGUGGCUCCUUCGACUUGACGGUGUACGGACUGACGGUGUCUGUGUUGGUAGGGGUGGGCUCUGAUUCCACCGGCUGCCUCAUAGUGUCCAGCGCCAACUGCGAUGCCAGCGUGGCGGAUCUGGAGGUGACGUUCCACGGAGGUACCAGUUGGCUGUAUAACCUCUUUACAAAUAUAAUAAAAGGUCUAGUUCAUGAACAACUCAAUAAAAAGCUGUGCCCGAUGAUCAGUGAGUAUAUCGACGGGUUGGAGCCUCUUAUUCAGAAGAUAAACGUGUCCUAUCAAUAUGACCCCUAUGUUGUGUUUGAGUUUCCUCUCAUCCACCCUCCUGCCAUCGGGACCUCUAACAUGGAGUUUGAUUGUAAGGGGGAGUUCUACAGUGUUGAGCAUCGCGGGGAGUUCCCUUUCACCCCUGAGCAGUUCCAGCUCCAUGAUCAGAACCACAUGAUCUCUGUGGGACUCUCCCAGUCUUCCGCAAACUCUGCUGGCUUCGCUUACCACUCCGCUGGGGUCCUCCGGAUCAGGCUCACUGACAGCAUGAUUCCCAGAGUGUCUCCUAUCAGACUCAACACUACCAGCUUUGAGUCCUUUGUCCCGGAGCUUCCCAAGCGCUACCCCGGCAUGCUGAUGGUGGUGGAUUUGUUUAGCAGCCAGCAGCCGCUCAUCACUUUCCAGCCAGACAACGUGACUGCGCAGGCCUUCGGAGCCGCCAAGGUGUACGUCAUCCUGCCCAACGCCACCCUGGUGCCCGUCUUCGUGCUGGACAUUUGUGCCAGCUUCAGUGCCAAGCUAUUCAUGUCCGGUUUGAAACUCACUGGAUCCAUGACUCUGAAUAAUGUCAGUCUAAGCCUGGCCUCUUCUGAACUGGGGCCAUUCCAGACAAAAUCUAUGGAGAAUGUGAUCCGAGCAGGAAUACAUCUGGCAGUGCUGCCUGAGGUGAACGCAAAGCUGAAGCGUGGCAUCCCUCUCCCUGCCACUCCGAAGGUCAGUCUGGACAAUCCUGUCCUCAAGGUCAAUCAGGGGUUUGUAAUGUUAGCCACUGACAUUUCCUACAGUCCCUGAGCACGGGAAGACCCAAGAGCAGGAAGCUUCUUGUAAAUCUCUGAUGAGAAUGCGUCCUCUGUCAUCCACCAUGGGGUGUGACUAUACCCAAUCCUUCCUGCUGUGCUGCAGCAUGCUCUGGGAAGCCAGGCUGCAGUGUUUUCUAUAUAGAUUUUGCUGUCUGAUUUAUUGUCUAAAUCACUUCUCAAUUGUGGUAAUUUGAUUUGAAAUAAUCGUUUCGAAAGCAUUCACUGCUUGAUCUGCGGUGAGAAAGCGCCAGUUUAACUGAAUGCAAAACAUGACUUGGAGUUUCAGUUAUAUUACAGACUUCAUUAUUAUAAAUCAUCAUUCCCACAGCUCAAUCAAUAAAACCUUCCUGUGCUGAAUGGAAAACAAGUCCCUAAAUCUGGAGUGGGAAAAACAAGUUUGAGUCUCUAAGCUUUUGAAUUCAGUUGAUUGAGUUCACUGAUGUAGUUUUUUUUUUUCUGCAGCUUUGUAUAAUAAAUGUUUGCUGCUGAUGCCCCAGGGAAGUCUGUAAACAACAUGUUUCUCUCAAAGUCUUUACUGGAUCAAUAAACUCUUCUGCUACA